GUGGAUGUUGUCUUUUCUUUUUUUUUGCCUAAUGUACAGAACCAUCCAGACCUCUCUGCUUCUGUCCAAACGGCUUCACAGUGUUGUGAUAAGCCGCUGUGAAUAUCCAUCAGGAUCCGACCAGCCCACUGGAUUGUCGAGCCUCUCCACCUCCUCGCCCCUCUUUGCCUGCACUAUAUGUUACAUUGUUACAUUUCCAGCCCUCUCUCUCUCUCUCCCACCCCUCUCUAUUCCUUUUUUUUACGCGAGCGGACGUCCACGGCACGGCGACACAAGUGCGCACUACAGGCGAGAGUGCGAGGCACGGCAGGCAGGCGGACUGACGGACGGCGGGUACCGGAGCGACGACGACGCGGCGGUGGUGUGUGUGUCAGUCUUUUGUUGGAGACCUCCGGGGGGCGGACUGGACGGUGGAUUUGUUUAUUCUCUGGAUUUUUUUUGGAUCAGGGGCUAUCGGAUAACUUCGCGUGGGACAAAAAAACCAAAAAAAAAACCCGCCUCAUUUCAUGUCAUCCACCGAAUUGUUUCGCCGGCGUGUUGACGCCAGCUGAGAGGGAGGGGGGGGAGGAAAAAGAAGAAGGAGGAAACGCAGGCUACUGGAGGAAGAGAGCGACUGACAGAUAGGCGGCAUGAAUACACACGCGUUUCCGUCCGCCAGCUGUACAGGAUAGAUGCGAAACAACACACGACUGGCGAUCUUUAAGCGUAGAUUUGAGGAGCACAUGAUGCGGCAACGUGGGUCGGUUUCAACGGAGAUAAGCGACAGAGAUGCUCUGCUGCACCGUUUAGGGGCAAUGUGCUACUGACGAUUUGAACGGAAUAAUGCAUCGAGACACAACUUUGUUCACAGACCUGACACACUGCGAAACGUUUCAUUGUAUCCUCCAGAAGUGAUACAUUUGUUAUGUUAUAGUUCUCCUUGACUAUAGCGUAGUGCUCCGGUGAACGCCGGUGCCGUUUAAUCUGUACUGCGUUCACGGUUUACGUCGACUCAAAUCCCGCAACCUAUCGUGAUGUGCGUGAUGUCGGCUGGAUGAAACCUCCACAAAGCUCUCGUGUUGUCAGAUGAUUGGUAAAUUGUUGGUGUAGGCAGGCCUAACCUUCGCUUAUGCAGAUACAAUCGAUAGCGAGAUAAGAGCUGCUCUGGCAGGCUGUUUAUGCAACUCUGGAAGUGUCAACUCUGGGGGGUGGGUGGGGGGUGUUUUAGAAGUCAGGCAUUUCGAGUUUUUACAGAUGCCCCAACGCGGCAGUUAGGAGCCGCUCAGUAGAGACUGUCAAAACCGCUGUGUAGCGUCGGAGAAGAAUACUGUGAAGCGACGUCUCCAGAAAACUUUCAAUGGUUUUCCGAAAGUUGCCCGGUGUGUCUGCAUCGGGCAUGGGUCUGCGGCUGUCCCAGAAGUUCGUGUUUCUGCUCUUUCUCUCGGGUUUGGUGACGCUGUGUUUCGGGGCCCUUUUCUUCCUGCCGGACUCUGUCCGACUAAAACGCAUUUUUUUGUCCAAGACGGAGACCCAGCCGGUCACCGUCGGCUCCGGGUCCGAGAACGAUGCCACACGGGAACACUUGAAACGACCCAAGGACCAGGAGCCCCCGCGGGGCAUGACCCCGGCCAAAGGAGAGGCCACCAGCACCAAGCUGAAGAGUCUGAGCCGCAACCCGACGGUCUUCCUUGAUGCCACCGAGGAGCGGCUCGCCGGGGGUAAAGCGCAGGAGGACUUCACUUUGCCCAGGUCCAAGACGGAGUCCAAGACGGAGUCCGCCUCGGAGAAGGCGGCGACCUCCUCCUCCAACCGCGCUGCCAUGUCGGAUACUUUCAGUUACGACAAAUUCAAAGGGUGUCUGCUCAAACCCCCGCUGGGAAGAGACACCGGCAGGCCGAGCGACCCCCAGACCAACGAGCGCCGGGAGAAAGUCAAAGAGAUGAUGAAGUUUUCCUGGGACAACUACAAGCGCUACGCCUGGGGCAAGAAUGAGCUGCGGCCUUUGACGAAGAACGGGCACAUUGGCAACAUGUUUGGUGGCCUGAGAGGAGCCUCCAUCAUUGACUCACUGGACACACUAUAUAUUAUGGGACUGAUGGAAGAAUAUAACGACGCCAAGGAGUGGGUGCAGACAAGCCUGGACCUAAACUCGAACGGUGAGGCAUCCCUCUUUGAGGUGAACAUCCGUUACGUUGGCGGCUUGCUGGCGGCGUACUACCUGACAGGAGAGGAGAUGUACAAAAGCAAAGUAAUGGAACUGGGAGAGAAGCUGCUGCCUGCCUUCAACACGCCAACAGGAAUCCCCCGAGGAGUCAUUAACCUGGGGAGCAGUGGCACCAGUUGGAGUUGGGGCUGGGCCUCAGCCGGGAGCAGCAUCCUGGCUGAGUUCGGGACUCUUCAUCUCGAAUUUGUCCAUCUUUCGGAGCUCUCCAGGAAUCCCAUCUACACAGAGAAGGUGAUGAACAUCAGAAAACUACUGAACAAGAUUGAAAAACCCCACGGCCUGUACCCCAACUUCCUCAGUCCAGUCAGCGGCAACUGGGUCCAACAUCACGUUUCCAUCGGUGGCCUCGGGGAUAGUUUCUACGAGUAUCUGAUCAAAUCAUAUCUGAUGUCAGACAAGACGGACGAGGACGCAAAGAAAAUGUACUACGGCGCGAUGGAGGCGAUUGAAGCUAAUCUGGUGCAAAAGUCCCCCGGUGGUCUCACCUACAUGGCCGAGUGGAGGGGAGGAAUCCUGGACCACAAGAUGGGCCACCUGGCCUGCUUCUCAGGGGGCAUGAUCGGCAUCGGGGCUGACGAUGGAGCGCCGGAGAAGAGGCAACACUUCCUGGACCUGGCUGCUGAGAUCACACACACAUGCCACGAGAGCUACACUCGCUCAGCCACCAAGCUGGGACCUGAGGCGUUCAGAUUUGACGGUGGAGGAGAAGCAACAGCGACCAGGCUGAGCGACAGAUAUUACAUCCUGCGACCAGAAGUCAUCGAGAGCUACAUGUACAUGUGGAGACUGACCCACGACCCCAAGUACAGAGAGUGGGGUUGGGAAGCUGUUGAGGCCCUGGAGCAACACUGCAGAGUGGAGUCUGGCUUCUCCGGGAUCCGUGACGUUUACACCAUGACAGCCAGCCACGAUAACAUGCAGCAGAGCUUCUUCCUCUCAGAGACACUCAAGUAUCUGUACCUGCUCUUCUCUGAUGACGACCUUCUGCCACUGGAGGACUGGGUCUUUAAUACAGAAGCCCAUCCGCUGCCCAUCAUCCGCAGGGGCUGCAUGCAGGACAAAGCGACACAGGAUAAGACGGUCUCCGAAUAAGACUGAACACUACCAACAGCCGAGACGGACACAUUGGCACAGUUCAUGUGUACACACAGUCACACAAAUAUGGCAAACCACCAAUUCAAUGCAGGUUCAGAGUCUUUUCAGGAGCGUGUUAUGGACUCUCAAUUUGUUUCCAGUAAAGGACGCCGUCGUUUUACGCUGUGAUUGUAUAUCCUUUCGCCGGGGUUACUUCCUGCUGGCAAUUCUUUCUUUUUUUUUGUGAACAAUCAAGACAAACAUGACUUUCAUGAAAAGAGCACCUUUUUCUUUCCUUCUUUCCUCUGUGAGGAAACCAAGUAUAACUUGCAGACCCAAAUGUAGUGGGAGGAGGGUUGAACUAUGGGCCAUAUUGUUAGAAAGAGAGAGAAACGUAUUGAAGACCACUUGAGUUUUGCUCUUUGAGUUUGUUGUUUCGUUAAUCUUAAGUGAUGAAUGAUUUCCUUAUAUCGUCAUUGCAUCUUUUCCUUUGCGAGUACACUCUUUGACCAAAGGUUUCUUUGCAUUUCUAUUUCCCCUCUUUCCAGUGAUGUGUUUUUGAUGAGUUUUGACCCGAAAGUAAAAUUUGCAACGAGGCUUAAACUGUAAUGAAUAUCGAUUAAUGUACAGACAAACACAAAAUGUGAUUCUCAAAUUCACCUCCAAACUAAUGUUGAUGUCAUGUUUCUAACUGAAACAAGCUUGAAUGAAUUCCUUAAAAGUUCGGAGGUGUCAGGAAAGUGGCAGUGUCUUAUGCAUCCGGGGACAAUUAAAAGAAUAAUGCUGUUGGGUUGCGUUUCCACUGUACGCUUGGGUUAUUGUGUGAAUAGGACAAAGCUUUCUCAGUCCUCUCAGCCUUUCAGAUCAAAGUAACAAAUGGAGUGCUGUCAGUUCUGUGGCUGUAAAACAUGCAUAGAGGGAAAAAGAACACAUUUGCACCCAGCUCCAAAUGGGUUUUCCUGUUUCCGUUGUAGUUUUUCUGCUUCACCCUGCCUUUAUAUGUGAAUCCAUACAGCUGCCAAUACUGACGCUAAAGGCUAUGAGCCUGAGAGUGGAGAGAUUUCAUUUUCAUCCCGGUUCUAUUCAUCACUGCUGUCCUGCACAGUUGUGGAGCGAAUGUGCUGUACAUACAGAUGAAGUGAAUGACCCCUGUAUGAGCUUGUCUUGAUUUUAUUUUGGUGAUCUUUUCUUUUCUUUUUUUUUUUCUAAACUUCAGUGGUUAUUUUUUCUGGGUUCUCUUUUGAUUUGCUUCCCUCAGGUGUUUCAGUUAAAAAAAAAAAAAAAAAAAAAAGCUAAAAUGAUCUGACUUUUAAGUCUAGUUAUCACUGAUAAUAAUUAUUAUUACUUAUUCUUACUGUUUGAUUUAACUUUCAUUGUUGGAUAUUUUCAAAUACUGAUAAAAAGACCUGUGCAACUUUGUACAUUUAAAAC